CGGAAGCACACACGCGAACGCAGAGUCAUUGUCGAGGAAGACUUGUUUAAGACGAUCGUCUAUGAACACGAUAUUCAUGGGUCGAGAGGGCACCAGAACACUGCUACUGCCCUUAUGGAACGAUACUAUGGGCCUACGCGACAAGAGAUUCUUGCUCUACUUAAGCAAUGUCAAACGUGCGGGAAGGGACGAGAAGCGGUGCCUGAUUUGCCUAACGUGUUCAUGCCUGGAUUAUCUACUUCCUUACAGCAGAUGUCCCAUGGCGCCUUGCCACUCAAAGGAAUCCCUGGGUUUCCUUCUUUUGCUGAGAAACGGAUUUGGCAACUUAACCAUAUGGCGGCAGCUUUCCGAUAUUUCAAUCGCCGCAACUAUAUCGAAGGCAUAUCAGGUCAUAUCAGUGUUCGUGAUCCUGAGUACACAAACGCUUUCUGGAUUAAUCCCCUUGGGAUUCACUUUGGCCUUCUGAAAGCAUGUGACAUGAUUUUGCUCGACAUGGAUACUGGUAUGGUGCUAGGUGGUAAUAGAUCACGUCCUGCAAGCGCCGUAGGAUUCCAGAUCCACAAGUCCAUCCAUCUCGCGAGAGGAGAUGUCAAUGCUAUAUGCCUCGCUCACACCAUUAAUGGAAGCGCGUACUCCGCUUUAGGAAAGCCAUUGGAGAUGAUUACGCAAGACGCAUGCAACUUCUACAAGGCUCAUAGCGUGUACACGAAUUAUGGAGGCGUCGUGCUGGGUGAGGAAGAAAGCCGUAACAUCGCAUCAGCUCUUGGACGGAACAAAGCUUGUCUGCUCGUGAACCAUGGAUUGCUCACUACUGGCGGGACUGUGGACGAAGCAGCGUACCUUUUCGGACUCAUGGAGCGAUGUUGUCAAGCGCAGCUUCUGGCCGAUGCUGCUACUGCUGCUGGUAAGCCUAAGCAUAUCAUCGGCGAACACGAGGCUGCAUAUAAUUUCAAAUUGACCAGUGAUCCGGAGAGACUGUACGCAGAUUUCCAGCCCGACUACGACUACGAAGAAGCCAUGAGCCAUGGUGACUUCAAGCAAUUCGACACGGCAAUGUUCCUCGAUUGAAUGCCGAAGCCAAACAUCUUGCCUCACAAGACAUCCAUGGAAGACU